CAAAUACUCUGUAUUCUGUAAAGUAAAUCAUUGUUGUGGUUUUCUCUGCGAUGAAGCGCAAGGUUCGCUAUUCAAAACGACAGCAGAAAAGAAAGAAAAACAAUGAAGUCCAAGAAAACUCUACCCAAGAAACCCCACAACCUGGCCCUUCUACUGAUUCACCUAGAACACGAAUGCAAAAUUAUCGCCAACGAGCUACAUCAGAAAGUAACACUACUCGGCUGCACAAGGUCCAAACGCGAGCUGCAACACGUCGCGCUGAAGAAACUGCUUCCGAGCAAUCGCGAAGGCGCCGAGAGGAUCGGGAAAGGCGAGCAGAGAAACGAAAUCAGGAAACUAAUAGUGAAAGGUCACGUCGACGCGAAGGAGACAGACUUCGUCGAGCAGCCAAGAGGGAUCAAGAAACCAUUAGCGAACGAACCCGUAGACUUGCAGCUGACAGACUUCAACGAGCACUGUCUCGAACAUCUAGAGCGGAUAAUAUGCGACUAUUUGCGCUAGAGAAGCGGAUGACCGAAAUAAAGUGGAAUUCUUGCGUUGUGUGUAAUGAAGGUUGGCCCGGACUAAAAGUGGACGCACAGAGCAGGUGUUCUCACUGCAAAAAGGGAAACUCAAAGUUUUCGGACAGCAAUAAUAUGGACCCUGGAGAUGUACCGCCCGAACUUAUGUACUUGACGCCGUUAGAAGAACAGCUGAUUGCUCGCGUUCAUCCAGUGCUGUCCGUUUAUAAAGUUGGAAGGGGGCAACAAUUGGCUUAUUCUGGUAACGUUAUUAAUUUUCGUCAAGAUGUAACGUCAUUUGCAAAAUCGUUGCCUCAUAGCCCAGCCAAACUUCUUUCUGUUCUCGUGGUCAAUCGAUCGGAUUUGGAUAAUUAUGCAACAUUUAAUGUAUCUGCAACGAGAGUGCGACGUGCAUUGAAUUAUCUUAAAAGACAUAAUCCGUGGUAUCGAGAUGUUGUUAUCGACGAAGCAGCAUUGUCGCAGUUACCGAACAAUGGAAAUGUCCAUUCUAUUUUGCCAACAGUAACCAUUUCCACACUGCCACCACUGGCAGGAGAUGACGACAGACUGCACGACACAGGAGUUCCCAUGGUUCAGCACGUUAAGCAGUCUGAUCAAAUUCGGGAUUCAGUAGGACUUGAACCGCACACAGUUCCGUACCCAGAAAUGUCUACCGAUCCCGUUGAUGAAUUCACUACUGCAGGAUACAUUGCUGGAGCGUUUCCUCGACUUUUUCCAUCCGGGAAAGCAGACUUGCGGGAUUUGCGGAAACGUACAAAAAAGGUCACGGAGUCUGAAUAUUUUAAACACCUUAUGAGAUACAAAGACAGGCGUUUUGCUUCUCAUCCAACAUUCCGCUUUUUUGCACUCAACAGCCUAAUGCGAUGGCAAGCGAUGCGAGUUGGUCAAGUGUUCGUUCGUAAACAUGUUUUUGGAGCGGUUACUGUGGCUGAACUGCGACACCGACUGGAAGUAUCACCAGGACUAAUCAAACAGAUUACGAGUUUCGGCUCCAGUCUUCGCGGUACACGGUCUUAUUGGAUUAAGAGGAGUGGAGAGCUGUCAGAUAUGGUAACGGAUGUCGGAAUGCCUACGCUAUUUUUCACGUUAUCGGCAGCGGAUCUGUACUGGCCGGAGUUGUUAACUCUUAUGGCGCCGGAGACCGACCUGGUGAACCUGACCUCUGCAGAUUCGUACAAAGAGAGAAAUAAAUUGCUGCAAGACAACCCAGCAAUAGCAGACUGGUUUUUUACCGAAAGAGCGCAAUUUUUUAUCCACGAUGUACUUGGGCCACACCUCAAAAUAGAAGAUUAUUGGUACAGGUAUGAGUUUCAGCACAGAGGAAGUGUCCAUCUACACGGCCUGUUAUGGUUAACGGGUGCACCAGACACAGCUAAGCUGAACCAAAUGUCUCCUGCUGAACGGCAGAAAGUAGUGGAUUAUUUUGACCAGCUAGUGACAUGUGUCAGUCCUGAUUUACACUGCAUUCCAUCCAACGUACAUCCUUCCUUUCAGAAGCUUUCUGAGAUAACAGAUGAACGCAAGGAUUACGCCAGUCUUGUCAAUCGGCUACAACGACACACAGAAUGCAAGAAAGGAGCGUGUAUUCAGAAAAAGAACGGUGUGGAACAAUGCCGCUAUGGAUUUCCUAAAGAAAUUCGGGAUGACUCGUUACUAGAUAAAAGCAAAGAAAAAUGGGCAUUGGAACUGAAGCGAAAUGACCCCAGAGUCAAUCGCCACAAUGAAUUCAGCCUGAAGAUUUGGAGAGCAAACGUUGAUUUUUCCCCUAUUGUAGAUCGCUAUGCAGUACUUAAUUAUGUAGCUAAAUAUGCCUCCAAAUCAGAACCACGUUCGUCGACAUAUGCAGAGAUUUUGCACCAUAUUAUCCGUGAAGAAGUGACGGAUGCAGAUCUCGGUAAGAAGGCAAUCCAAAAGCUUCUUAUGAAGUCGAUUUCGGAGAGAGAUUACUCGGCCCAAGAAUGCUGUCACUUACUGCUCGGGCAUGACUUGUAUCAAUGCUCUCGGCCAUUCGUCACCAUCGUAUUGAAGUCCGAUGAAUGGAUCCCGGUUGCGGAUAUAGAACACGAAGAAGGUGGGGCGAGUAGCGAGAAUAAAACUAUUUUGCAAAAGUAUUCAGCACGCCAUACCUCUCUUGAAAAUGUCCCUCUUUUGGAAAUCGCCAAACGAUAUACGUGGAUUCGGAACGGAUGGAGGAAGCGUAUACGAGGAAAACAAGCAGUUGUGCGGUUAUUUCCUAAACUUCAGCUAACCGACGAAGCCCCAACGAGAGAAGAAUUUUACCGACAGCAAGUAUUAUUACAAGUUCCAUGGCGUGAUGUUACCACAGUAGCCGACGGGCGCUCUUGGGAAGAAUUAUACGAAGAACAUCAGUUAUUUCCACAAGUUAACGUGAAAGAUGCAGAUAACGAACAAUUGAACGAAGACAGUGAAGACGAUGCAGAUAUUAAUGAGCAAGUAACUGAACAGGAAGAGUACAUGGUCCUCCAGGGAUAUGGCCCUAGAUCAAAUGUACCAAACAUUGAGCUGGGAACUCGACAAAUUGACCGUGAAACGGACUGGACAGCCGCAUACGCUCUGUAUGACCAUAUUGGUGAAAUUUGUUCUUUUCUGGAUACAAAGAAACAGGAAGCCGACACUGUCGAUGCCCCUGCCGCCGUUCCUAACUUUCAACUCUCCGAAGAGCAGCGGAACGCGCUCGACUACUUUCAGCAGCAGAUAGCCAGCCAGGUUGAUGACCGAUGCUGUAUCGUGCAAGGAAAAGCAGGUAGCGGUAAAUCGGUUCUACUGUCGUCUAUGCAGUCCCUAUUACGCGAUACUCCACAUUACGGAAAUAAUUGUUACCUCCUACUCGGACCAACAGGAGUUGCAGCUGAUAACAUCAACGGUUCGACUAUUCACUCUAAGCUAAGAAUUCCGGUUAACCGCACAUUCCGUGAUUUAGAAGGGGAUGAACUCCACAGAUUUCAGGAAGAGCUGGACGACAUUAAAGUAAUUUUAAUUGACGAAUUCAGUCUUAUCGGAUGUACAUUGCUAGGGAAGGUUGACAAACGAUUAAGGCAAGCAAAGCCGGAUAAGAGUCAUCUUCCCUUCGGCGGUCUCAUAGUCUACCUUUUCGGCGAUAUCAAACAGCUACCUCCCGUGCUAGAUCGCCCACUUUACGGCGAUGGUUACAAGAGCGAAUUGGCUGACCAUGGGCAGCUGAUAUACAGAACCGCAUUCACCAAAGCGUUUGUCUUUACGACCUCCCAACGACAACGCGGAAACGAUCCCGAGCAGCAGCAUUUCAGGGACGCAUUGGACAGACUGAGUGUUGGAGAGUCAACAGUAGAGGACUACGAGAAAAUGAUCUCACGGAAUUAUGGUCUUCUUCCCGAUGAAGAACGGGAUUCAUUUAAGACUGCUAUUCGGUUGUUUACUGAACGCGAGCCAGCGCGCGAAUAUAAUAUCAAGGCUUUGACGGAUCUGCGGAUGCCAGUUGCAAAGAUCAAAGCGAAACAUAAUAAUCAGACAGCCGCCAGAGGAAAUGACCAGCAGGCAAUGGGCCUAGAGUCGGCACUUUAUUUGUCCCGCGGCUCAAGGGUUAUGCUUAAAAGAAACUUGUGGACGGAUAAGGGACUCGUAAAUGGAUCCUUGGGAUUUGUGCGUGAAAUUAUUUAUGCGCCUGGAACAUCUCCAGACGACGCGAUGCCGUUGGCUGUCCUUGUCGAAUUCGACAAGUACAAAGGGCCAACGUUUGCCAAUAACUGUGUCCCUAUCUGUCCGCAAACUUCCGAGUGGAUUGAAAACGGACAAAAGUGCGUGCGGACCCAGUUUCCCUUAGCCCUCUCGUGGGCGAUAACUGUCCAUAAGGCCCAGGGGAUUACCUGUGACCGCGCUGUUGUCCAUCUUGGACCCCGCGAAUUUGCCUCCGGACUGAUCUACGUUGCCCUGUCCCGAGUCAAGUCUUGGAAGGGUUUGGCUUUAGAGCCUACAUUUCCCUUCUCAUUGCUCACUAGCAUUAAAACUAAAAAAACCACUAUUCAACGUAUAAAAGAAGAACAACGGCUGAACCGUUUGAAAUGACCAACAAUGCGUACCACUGAUCUAUAUUAACCUAUAAUGAAUACUGGUUUUUACAUUAAUUCGUGCCGGUUGCUUGUGAGAUUAAAAUAAAAUUACUACGACUAAACAAAAAUUUUAUUUCUCA